UAGUCGUCCAUCAUAAAUUCAGUUUAACUCCAAAGGGGGCGGGACCUACAACCAUUGAUUGACAGCCACGCUUAACUUCCAAACUUUUUUUUAUUAAGAACAAUGGCGGCACGGGAGGUGCAUGGAUCAAUCGUUUUGUCUGGACAGAAACUUUCCAUACAGCAUAAGACUGGACGCUUCCACUGUCCUGUCUGUCGUUUUCAAACUGGACAGGAGGCUGAGGCAAAAGCACACAUUGUUUCGCAUUUAAAUAUAUUUGUUGACUAUAAAGGUGUCAGAGUAUACAAAUGCCACCAACACUGUAGGGCAUCGCCACAUUUCCAUUGCCCAGGCUGUAAGAAUACUAGAAUAAGGAGAAAAGAUUUCUUGACUCACUUAUCGAACUGCCCUGGCAGUGUCAACACACCAAGCCCUGGCAGUGUCACCAUACUAAGCCCUGGCAGUGUCAACACACCAAGCCCUGGCAGUGUCACCAUACUAAGCCCUGGCAGUGUCAACACACCAAGCCCUGGCAGUGUUACCAUACUAAGCCCUGGCAGUGUCUACACACCAAGCCCUGGCAGUGUCGCCAUACUAAGCCCUGGCAGUGUCAACACACCAAGCCCUGGCAGUGUCACCAUACUAAGCCCUGGCAGUGUCACCAUAGCAGGCCCUGGCAGUGUCAAGACACCCAUCCAUGGCAGUGUCACCAUACCAAGUCCUGGCAGUGUCAACACACCAAGCCCUGACAGUGUCAACACACCAAGCCCUGACAGUGUCAACACACCAAGCCCUGGCAGUGUCACCAUACUAAGCCCUGGCAGUGUCAACACACCAAACCCUGGCAGUGUCACCAUAGCAGGCACUGGCAAUGUCAAGACACACAACCAUGGCAGUGUCACCACACCAAGUCCUGGCAGUGUCACCACACCAAGUCCUGGCAGUGUCACCACACCAAGUCCUGGCAGUGUCACCAUACUAAGCCCUGGCAUUGUCUUCACACAAAGCCCUGGCAGUGUCGCCACACCAAGCCCAGGCAGUGUCAGCAUACUAAGACCUGGCAGUGUCACCAUACCAAGCCCUGGCAAUGUAGAGGAGCAACCUGGCAGUCUUCUUUGCAAGAAUGUGAUCCAGAGACCUGCAAGAGUUAAUACAUUAAGCCAAAGGAUUGUAGAGUGUCCUCACUGCAAUAUGUCUAUGCAUCGGAAAAAUCUGAAGCGCCAUGUGCAAAGAAGACAUUCUGAGUUCCCAGACAUCACAAAACAAUGCCACUUACAGAGUCUGCCUAUUGACCCGCAAUCAGGCAUUUAUGUGGUGGCAAAGGCAUUUUGUGGACCUCCUAUUCCUAUUCACAUCAAAUAUAGUUUUCAGGGCCCAAAACAGCACACAGAGUGUGUAGGGUUGGAAAAUUAACUAACUAAUUUCUGUUACAACUCCCAUUUCUUUGUGAAAACAGUUCUGUUGCAUUCCAAGACAUACAGAGGGUGCUGAUAGUGAUCUAUCAGCCUAUAAAAAUAAAUAAAGUAAAUAGUCACAAGUUGAGUACAGUCGGGGUUAAAAGUGGUCAGUCUAAAUGUAUCUGGUCUGGUUCUAGUCACAUGGUCAGGGAAGGAAUAAAAGUUUGUAACUUUUGCACUGGGCUUUUCUUUCUUUUCUCUGACUUCUCUCUGGGCUCUACUCUUGGGCAGCAUGGUCAUAGGCCAUCCUAGCUCUCAAUGGCCUCUUUACAGUCUCUCUCUUUCCAUCUUUUGUUCUCUUCCCCAUAGGUAGUAUGCAUUCUGGUUUCAUACAUUUAAUAUGUAACCUUUG